CAUCCAUUCAGGGAAGGACGGAAAUAAUCGUCUACGUUCGGAAACUUCUACACUUUUUAGAACGGGGAACUCUUGUUUCUCCCUUUCGGACACCAAGCGAUUCUCCGUUUCUACUCUCUCUCUCUUGUCUUUUUUUCCGCAAUUUUUUUUUUUCUGUGUGUGUGACACUGCAAAUUUGCUUCUUGAAAUAUAAACAACAUUGUUUUUUUUUUAUCUCUUUGUGCGACCACGUUUUAGAAUAAUAAAAAUAAAGCAAGAGCAAAACGGAAGAAAACAUUAAGGAAUCAUAAUUCUGUGCCGAUAAAUAUAUGAUGGGGCCUCUCCGGCCACAUGGUGAGAGUGUUUAUGACAGUUUUAGUGUCCUCACUUCGUUGAAUUAUUCAGCGUGAACCUUUCGGGCAUUGUUUAAUAACUUCCUUCUAGAAGAAGUUGGAGCGAAAUAUGGUAAUGUCGGGUAUAAAAGUCUGCGAAAGAAAAAUGUUUGGAAAUAAGGACUUGGGUUUUGCAAAAUGUGGAUUUCGAACUGGAAACAAAUGUUCUGUGCAUGAUCGUUUUUCUCAGGAUGUGAAAGUUUGUGGCGAAAUCUUCACGAAGCAAGGUUUUAAGAAAAGGCACGGAUUUAUGAAAGGCCCCACUUUGAGAUUUCAAGCCCUGUUGGGACUAUUAUUCUGCGCUCUGCACUUGUUCAAUGUUGGACAAGCAGAUACACCAUCACAUGAAUCUCUGAGUAACGUAUACCUUUUCAAAGGCCGACAAAUGCUAUCAACAGAGAAGAUGAAAGGCUACGCACCUCCCUCAAGAGUCAGUGACUAUUGGACAUUACUCAGUCACGUCACACCUUCCUUUGAUAACAGUUAUCCAAAAAACGUGACAACACAACUGGGCCAAACCGUGUACCUGCACUGCGUGGUCAAUAAUCUGGGCGACAAGACCGUGUCCUGGAUCAGAAGAAGGGACUUCCAUGUCCUCACUGUCGGUUUGGACACUUACACCACUGAUGAUCGAUUUGAAGCUGUGCACGUAGAAAAGAACAAUGACUGGACACUAAAAAUCAAAUUUGCCCAGCUGUGGGAUGAGGGUCUGUACGAGUGCCAAGUUAGCUCGGAUCCUAAAAUUAGUUUAUUUGUGAAUCUCAGCAUCGUAGUUGCCAAGGCCAGCAUCCUAGGACCUCACCCGCUUUUUCUGAAAACAGGGAGUUCAAUCAAUCUGACUUGUGUCAUCACUCAGAGUCCAGAGCCUCCAGUUUUCGUCUUCUGGUACCAUGACGACCGAAUGAUCAACUACGACUCAGCCCGUGGAGAGAUCACCAUGUAUAAAAGCUCCGAAGAUUCUACAACAAGUAGAUUGUUUAUAAAAGAUGCGACGGCAGAAGAUUCCGGAAACUAUACGUGCUGUCCUUCCAAUACGCAAGCAACCAGUAUUCCUGUUUACGUCUUAAACGGUACUUAUGGAGAAAGACCCGCUGCAAUUCAACACGAUGCCAAUAUCUCCACGUCUUCAUCGUCCAGUCCAAACUUCUCGAUCCUGCUCUUCCUUCUACUUACAGCCAUCGUUUCAAGGUGACAGAGCCAUCUGUGGACCGUUUACGGUACUACUGAGCUUUCGGCUCCAAUCAUCAUUGAAGGACGAUCAGGCAAUUAAAUCAAGAUUGGGACAGAAACUUUAAUAACUAAAUAGCGAGCUAAAACUGGCUACUUGAUUUGUUAAGACAGACCCUAUGAAAAUCCUUGAUAAGCAAAUCAAUCCGCAUUUUGCAUCAGGAUCUUUCUUUCACUUUCAAUCUUAUUCUAAAUCAUGCAAGCCAGCAUGUUUCAUAGUUUAUCCCCGUGGAUGCUGGCUUCGUGAACUGUUCGUACUAUCUCUCGUGAAGGAAAAUACUAUUUAUAAAUAUAUAAAUCAUGAGUGACCUCUACAAGCCAUUUGGCGAAAUGAAACAAUUUGCCACUCUAUAAUUUCUUUCGUGUCGUUCGGAAUCUUCAGUGUCAUGUGUUAUAUAAUGUAUAAAUGUGCAAGACCUGCAUGAUUUUUACUCUUAAGAAUUGUUCCACAAAUAAGAGAAAAAUGAUUUAGUAUUUAUGUUAGAUAUGAAAUCUAAAAAACUAUAAAUUUUGAUUCAAUCCAACACUGUGUGCAUUUAAUCAAAAAAUGUGCAACAUGUGGAAAAGAUGAACUUUGAAAAAAAAACACAAUGAAUUCAUCUAAGCGCCGAAGCUGUGCAGCUUUAUGAACUGAAGACUGCCUACAUGACUUGUUUCAAGUUAAGAUAGCUAAGUUAUGAAACGAAUAAAAAAAAACUGUGUACGUGAGUUAAGAGGAAACAUACUCCCAUUUUAAAAACCGACUUAACGUACUCAACUUUGUGCACAGAAUCAAGAUAUAUCCAGUUUUAUACCGAUCCCUAUGAACUUCAGCAGUAAAUCAUAUUUUUAGUUCUAUUAUUUAUUGAAUCAUAUUGAUGAGAAGAAGUUGCUUUUCAUUUAUAAUUCUAUUGCAGUUAUCUAUAUACAUACAUAUAUUUUACAUUCAGUAUAUGGAAAGUUUUUGCUUAAUGAUAAAUUUUAUGCCAUCUUCCUUUUUUUAAAAUCUGUGCGAAAAAAUUUAAAA